GUGCGAGCCUUAGUUUGCCCAAGGCGAGGGAGGGCGAGAGAGGCGGGGAGCAAGAAAGAGCACGCCAUCAUCCGAGCACACUCGGUGGCAAGUUUGAUUCCAAGUUGUUGUUUUUGGUCGUGGGCUACGCGCGCAACAGCAGCGAGGAGCGGCGCGCACAUGUAGACGCUUCACACUUUUCCACAUCCUCCUUCUUCGAGAGUCACCAGAGAGGGAAGGAGCGCGGCGAGGCUGGACGGCGUCAUUCCAGUUCCAAAAGCCAACGGGAAGUAGACUUUUCCCCCUCUUCCGGUGAGACGAUGAACGUCAGUGAUGAGAACCUGCUCAAGUCCAUCAGCAACGACGCGCUCCUGGACCUGACGCAGCGCUACGGUCAGUCCGCCUUCGGUUUCGGCACCGGCCACGCUGCCGGAAGCCCGGGUCGCUUCCCCCUCACGCCGGCCGCCGACUUCCUCAGCGGGCAGACCGCCAAGUCCAACGAGAGCGGCGGAGAGCACACCAGCGACGACGAGGACGGCUUCGACGCGCUAGAGUCCCGAAAAAGAGGCGCCCCCUUCGGGGAAGACAAGUCCGGGGGUCCCCUGGCCAAGAAGUCCAAGGAGCAGCGCUCCCUGCGGCUCAGCAUCAACGCCCGGGAGAGGAGGAGGAUGCACGACCUGAACGACGCGCUGGACGGCCUGAGAGCCGUCAUCCCUUACGCCCACAGCCCGUCGGUGAGAAAACUCUCCAAAAUAGCAACUCUCCUCCUGGCCAAGAACUACAUCCUCAUGCAGGCUCAGGCUCUGGAGGAGAUGCGGCGGCUGGUGGCCUACCUCAACCAGGGACAAAGCCUCUCCUCGCCGAUCCCCACCGCCCUGGCGCCCUUCGGCCAGGCCGCCGCCGUGUAUCCCUUCUCGGGCUCGGCUCUGGCCAACUGCGCCGAUAAAUGCUCCACGUUCUCCGGGACGCCGUCCACUCUCUUCAAACAUUGCAACGACAAGCCUUGACUCGCCCCUCGCUUUCUUUCGGAACUUUUUCAAACAUUCCGCAUCUCCAUCGCUCUUUGCCUCCCUUUAGUUCUUUUCAAAUCAUUCCGUGGGGAAAAAAAAAAAAUAAUAAUAAUGCAUAAUUUUGACAAAGUAAUGCUGCAAUGGAACGAAAACUGCAUAAGGCCUUCUUUUAAAGUCCAACGUCCUGCUUGCCCCCCCCCCCCCGAAUGAGACCAGGCCGUGUCCAAAUGUCCUAUUUUAUUUACAAAUGUUUUCAUUUGAAAUCUAUGCAAAAUUCAGCAACAACCCAGUAAUCAAAGUGUACAUGACGUUUAAUUUCCAUUAUACUACAGCUUCAAUUGCAAGUAUGAAAUUUCACUUCAUGUUUUCUUGCCUGAUAUAUAUUUUUAAGAAUAAUGUAUUAUUUUUGUCAAGGUCUUGCACAUCUCACAUGAUUGUAACGUACAACUGUGGAGAAAAGCCCGAUUAUACUCAGAAUUCUCACGGCCUGCGAUCAAGCAGGGAUUUGGGUUGUGUUGCAACAUGAAUUUCAUGAAUUGUUUACAUGUGUUUAUAAUUAAAAUCAUAUCAUAUCAGAUCAGACUGGCUAUGAUUCAUUUAACAAUUCUGUUGUAUUUUUUUUAUGUGAUUUGCAUAUGACCGUCAAUGUCAUAUCAUGUUAUUAAUCAAGCGGUGCAACAUUGUGUCUUAAAACGCCCAAAUAAUUCUAACCCUUCAUUGAAUAA